AUGGCUGCUGUUGACCUUGAGAAGCCGUUCGACUAUGUCGUUGUUGGCGGCGGCACUGCCGGCCUCGUCAUCGCCAACCGGCUCUCCGAAGACAGCGAUGUCCGUGUUCUUGUCAUCGAGGCCGGUGCAGACCGUAGCAGUGACCCCCUGGUUCUUUGCCCGGGUCUUGUUGCCGGCUUGUACGGCAAGGAUGAAUACGACUGGAACUUCACAUCAACACCCCAGCCUACCCUGAACAACAGGGUCAUCAACCAAGCUCGCGGGAAGAUGCUUGGUGGCAGCUCGGCCCUCAACUUCCUCAUGCUGUUGUAUCCUUCCAAGGGCAACAUUGACGCCUGGGCAGCCCUGGGCAACGAGGGCUGGGACUUUGACUCUCUUGCUCCCUACCUGCGCAAGUUUGCAACCGUCCACACUCCUCCCCAGUCAUCCAAGGACCUCUGCGGGUUAACCUAUCACAAUGAGGACCUCGCCAAAGGUGACGGGCCCAUCCACGUCACUUUCAGUGAAGGUUACAAUGUAACCAACCAAGCUUGGUUGAAGACCUUUGCUGGACAAGGCCUUGAGGUCACCACGGAUCCUCGUGAUGGAAGGGCAUUGGGUGCCUUCCAGAACCAGGCCAGCAUUGAUCCAGUAACACACACCAGAAGUUUCGCAGCCACAGGCUAUUACAACCCAGAGGUUGCGAAGCGAUCCAACUUGGUGGUUCUCACCGAGACUUUGGUGGAAAAGAUUGUCUUUGACACCACGGGAGAUGAGCCUGUUGCCACUGGUGUUGAGAUUUUGACCAAGGAUGGUGAGAAGAAGCAGAUAUCUGCCAACCUCGAAGUCAUCCUGUCGGCUGGUACCCUGCAGUCACCCCAGAUUCUGGAGCUUUCCGGUAUUGGAAGCAAGGACAUCCUCGAGAAGCACAACAUUCCCGUCAUUGUUGAGAACCCCAGCGUGGGCGAGAACGUGCAAGACCACCCCAUUGUAUGCCAGAGCUUCGAGGUCGCCGAUACGACCCCGUCAGGGGAUGUCCUCCGUGACCCCAACGUUCUCAACGCUCUGGUAGGCAUGUACCAGGCCUCCGGCGCCGGACCUCUCGGCCAGAGCACCAUCAGCGUAGCCUACUCCCCCCUCGUCGACGGCUCCGGCAUCGUCUCCCCCGAGGCCAAGAAGGAGCUCCUCGCCUCCCACGAGCACACCCUCACCACCCCGGACGCGCAAGCCAUCAGAAAACUCGUCGAGUCCCCCGACGAGGCCACCUUCCAGUUCCUGCUCUUCCCCACCCAGGUCUCCAUCCCCGACGUCCCCAAGUCCAUGGCCGAGUACAUCCUCCCGGUCCUCCCCGAGAACUACAUCACCGUCAUGACCAUCCUCAACCACCCCUUCUCCCGCGGCAGCGUGCACAUCUCCAGCCCCGACGUCCACGCCGCCCCGGUAUGGGACCCAAAGUACAACUCCAACCUCCUCGACAUGGAGCUCCUCGCCCGCGGCGUCGAGUUUGUCGAGCGGCUCGUCGACAAGUCGACGCCGUUUGGCAAGCUGCUCAAGGACGGGGGGAAGAGGCAGCCGGAGGGGCUUGUGGCGACGGAUCUGGAAAAGGCAAAGGAAAUUGUCCGCAAGAGGCAGAUCUCCGUGUUUCAUGUGUCUGGCAGCUGCGCCAUGAAGCCAAGGGAGCAGGGCGGUGUGGUGGAUGCGAGGUUGAGGGUGUACGGGACCAAGAGGCUUAGGGUGGUGGACGCGAGCGUUUUCCCGCUGGAGCCGGUGGGAAAUAUUCAGAGUGUGGUUUAUGCUGUUGCGGAGAAGGCGGCGGAUUUGAUCAAGGAGGAUAGGAAGAGCUUGUAA